UUCACACCUGCACACCCUCAAAAUCUCUUACACUAGAAGCUUCUACUUCGGAAUUAGGGUUUAUCGACGGGGUUUUGGGCCAUUGAAACUUACCACAAAACCCAAACCCUCGUUCUGAACCUUUAACCAUUUCCCGAUUACAACCCGUGUAGAGCUUCCCAAUGGUACGCUCCAAUGGCGCCAGGCUCCUCCGCUUGGUUUCUCGUCGCCGUCUCUCGGCAAAAGAACCCAUAUAUGGGACAGUGUUCCAAAGGAGUUAUAGGACACUGAAUUCAGGACUUUGCAAUCCAUCUAGAGUCAUCGCAAGUUAUCCUCCAAACGCUGCAGGUGGUUUUAAUUUGAAGAACUGGUUGCCACUGGGAGCAGCAAAUAAAUAUUGGGGAACAUCUAGGACCAUUCAUGGCACGGCUUCAUUGGCAAGAGACUAUUACGAUAUUCUUGGUGUCAGUAGGAAUGCAAGUGCUUCUGAAGUAAAGAAAGCAUACUAUGGGCUUGCAAAGAAGCUCCAUCCGGACACAAACAAAGAUGAUCCUGAAGCUGAAAAGAAGUUUCAAGAAGUUUCAGUGGCAUAUGAGGUUUUGAAGGAUGAAGAGAAGCGUCAACAGUAUGAUGAGGUUGGUCAUGAUGCUUAUGUAAACCAACAGAGCACUGGUUUUGGAGAUAGCAGUGGAUUUAAUCCGUUUGAGCAGAUAUUCCGUGAUCAUGAUUUUGUCAAGAACUUUUUUCAUCAGAAUAUUGGUGGAGAGGAUGUCAAGACUUUUGUGGAAUUAUCAUUUAUGGAAGCCGUCAUGGGAUGUACCAAAACUAUUACAUAUCAAACAGAUGUGCGUUGCCAAACUUGUGGUGGGAGUGGUGUUCCUCCUGGUACAAAACCUGAAACCUGUAAACGCUGUAAAGGAACAGGAAUGACAUAUGUACAAGCUGGCAUAUUUAGGAUGGAGAAAACAUGUGGUACAUGUAGGGGAAUGGGCAAAAUUGUAAAGAAUUUCUGCAAGUCAUGCAAAGGUGCAAAAGUAAUUAAAGGAACAAAGUCUGUCAAAUUGGAUAUUGCGCCUGGGAUGGACAACAAUGAAACCCUAAAUGAGUUGGGAGUUUGGAGGGAUGGGAAGGGAAAUGGAGGCCAAUAUUUUUUUUCUCUCUUUUACUACUUGCAGGUCCGAGAAGAUCCUGUCUUUCGUCGAGAAGGAUCUGAUAUUCAUGUAAAUGCUGUUUUAAGUAUUACUCAGGCAAUUUUGGGUGGAACCAUCCAUGUUCCAACACUCACUGGAGAUGUUGUUCUUAAGGUUCGUCCUGGUACCCAACCUGGUCAAAAGGUGGUUCUAAAAAAGAAAGGGAUCAAGACCCGGAAUUCUUAUACAUUUGGGGAUCAAUAUGUUCAUUUUAACGUCGGCAUCCCAGCAAACCUGACAGAGAGACAACGGGAAUUGAUUGAGGAAUUUGCCAAGGAAGAGCAAGGGGAAUUCGAUAACAAAGAGAGAGCUGCAUCUGCUUCUGGAUGAAACUUCUGCAGAGUUAAAAUUAGUCAUUUAUUAACAAAUCAUGCUCAACUAGGCGGGGAAGCAACCUGCCGUUUAAGUUUUGUAGUAUUAAGGAUUGGUAUUUUUUGAUCCCAUCCACUUUUGAUUGUAUGUAGUAAUAUAAUAUUAUAUCAAUUUUUUUCCAUAACAAGUGAUGUUCACAAUUUCAAUUGAAUUAUAAUACAAGCUUGAGGCACAUGUAGACCAUAGUAAUCUAGUCUGUAAAUAAAACCCUAUAAGAAUGGGUGCAAGUCAAGAAAACUUUACUCAUCUUUGAAUCCGGGGCUAUACGCCAACGAGAUAGUUCUUCAAUUGGAAUGAUCACUUUUACGUUUCUGUUGCUGUUUUCUUCA